UCUCGCAUUCCACCAGCCUCCUCCUUCCGAGCGAUUCCUCCUCGUCCCUAGAACUCUAGAAGCGUCACGAAGCGCAGCAGCGGCCAUGGACGGCACCGGUGCAGGAGCGGGCGGGAAGGUGAAGAAGGGCGCGGCCGGGCGCAAGGUGGGCGGCGGGCCCAGGAAGAAGUCGGUGCCGCGUUCCGUCAAGGCCGGGCUCCAGUUCCCCGUCGGCCGCAUCGGGCGCUACCUCAAGAAAGGCCGCUACGCGCAGCGCGUCGGCAGCGGCGCCCCCGUUUACCUCGCCGCCGUCCUUGAGUACCUCGCCGCUGAGGUGCUGGAGCUGGCCGGGAACGCGGCGAGGGACAACAAGAAGACGCGCAUCAUCCCGCGCCACGUGCUGCUGGCGAUCCGCAACGACGAGGAGCUCGGGAGGCUGCUGUCCGGUGUCACCAUCGCGCAUGGCGGGGUGCUGCCCAACAUCAACCCGGUGCUGCUGCCCAAGAAGGCGGCGGAGAAGGCGUCCAGCGGCGGCAGCAAGGAGGCCAAGUCGCCCAAGAAGACCGCUGGCAAGUCCCCUAAGAAGGCCUAGAGAGUCGAGUCAUGUGCGAUGUGUAGCGCCGUGCCCUGUUGACAUGUUGUGCCUAGGUUGUAGAUGGGAUCGAUGGGUGUGCUAGCUAAGAAAUGGGCCUGUCAUUGUAGCUCCUGAGAUCUUUGCUUUUCAAUGGAACUUUUCAGAAUCAA